AAGAUUACUUUUGCUUUUACAAACACUUGUGAAGAGGGAGUUUCUUAUUCCUUCCAGAGACUUCUAUCGGAAUCUUGAAAUUAGGGUUUUUAUCGAUCGGCGAUUGAGAACUUAGAUUUUGAUUUUUGAGGAGAAGUUAUGGCAGAUCAUCAAGAGCAUGAGGAAGUAAAGGGGGAAUCUCUGUUGGAGAAGAUUUCAGGGAAGAUUCAUGACCAUGAUUCGUCUUCGUCGUCUUCGGAUUCGGACAACGAGAAGGAGAAGGAGAAGAAGAGUUCGUCGCCUGAUUCGCUGAAGAAUAAGGUUUAUAGGCUUUUCGGAAGGGAGAAGCCGCUUCACAAUGUUCUUGGCGGUGGAAAACCUGCUGAUGUUUUUCUAUGGAGAAAUAAGAAGAUAUCCGCAACAACCCUUGGUGUUGCGACAGCUUUCUGGGUUCUGUUUGAGUUACUUGAAUACCAUCUCCUGACUUUGGUUUCUCACUUAGCGAUACUUGCUCUGGCUGUGUUGUUCUUAUGGUCAAACGCAUCUACUUUCAUCAACAAGUCUCCACCAAAGAUCCCAAAUGUGCACAUUCCUGAGGAACCUGUUUUACAGAUUGCCUCUGCUAUUAGAAUUGAGAUCAACCGGGCUUUUACUCUCUUAAGGGAGAUUGCUUCUGGAAGGGAUCUCAAAAAGUUUCUCUCGGUUAUUGCUGGAUUAUGGGUUUUGUCUAUUGUUGGAAGCUGGGCCAACUUCUUGACAUUGUUCUACAUAGCUUUUGUUUUGCUCCACACUGUACCUGUGCUUUAUGAGAAAUAUGAAGAUCACGUUGAUGCUUUUGGUGAGAAGGCACAUCAUGAGUUGAAGAAGCAGUAUGCAGUGUUUGAUGAGAAGGUUUUGAGCAAGAUUCCCAAAGGACCUUUGAAAGACAAAAAGAAAGAUUGAAGGGCUUGCAAGUAUGUUGUAGUCGGGUUUCACCGAUGCUGUUAUAUUCUGAUUCAUCAUCAGUUUAAACCCUGUGAGGUUAUAAUUUUUAUUUUUUAGGGUUUGUUAGUAGACAUGACAUUAUCGGAAGGAAUGCUUUAUAUGUUUUUGUGGCGCUUACAUGUAAGCCUUGGGAUAUCUUAUAUGUUUAUGGUUGACUUGCUGUUGUGUUGUAUGUUCUGGAUGAAUAUAGUACUUUCUGUUCUUGAA